AUGUCCCUACUAGCAUUCCAAUCGCUCUCUGCAGACGAGAAAAUUGAGCAGAUCGACUCGAUCAAGCUUGCCGUGUUGGGCAACGACAGAGAAAAGGCCAAGUUGCAGGACAGUUUCGGGGUCCUGGGCGAGAUCCUGCUGACCGAGUCGAACAAGACGCUUCUGCAAAACACAGCAAUCAUUGUCCAGUCGUUCAGCUAUCUGCGCACCAACGUCGAGUUCCUGCUGCGGUUCAACAUCUUCGAGGUGCUCGUCAAAAGUACCAUUCGCUAUCCGGCCGUUUUGGCAGAGAUCAACUUCCGCACGCUUAUCGACCUGCUCUCCACAAAUUCGCUGUCGGAAAAAUAUCAGGACGAGCGGGAAUACGCGCAAUUUGUGGGCGUCUUGGCGGGUAUUCUGCGCGACCCUGCUGCGUCGCCCGCCCUGCUCUUCAACACGUACCUGUUGAUUCCAUUUCUGCGCCGCACAGAGCUGCUGUGGCAGCUGUACCGGCCAUUAAUGAGACGGCUGGCCCGGGUCGUUUCGCCGGUCUUCCAGCAGACAUUGCAGCUGAACUGCGCCACAGGCGACGUCUCGGUACUCAAACGGUUUCCCGAAUCCGUCGAGCUGCCACGCACGCUGCCGGAACACGCGUUUGAGGCGCUGACGAACGACCUGAGUCCGCCGCUUUACGCUCUAGCACACCUUUUGGCCGUGAUCGACCGCGCAGACCUGAACUUGCCGCUGCCGCUGUAUUUUGUGCUCACAACGUUCCUCGGCUCGUACGACCUUAAUGUCAAGCUCAGCAGCGUCAAUGUGCUGGUGCAGUACACCAAAAAGCAUAUACGCAACCCAAAGGAGAAAACGGCGAGCCACGCGCGGCUGAUCGACGCGCUCGUUCAUCUGAUCAGCCGCACCAAGGACUCCCACGGCCCAGAGUACACGCUCAGCUCGAACUACAAGAUCCCGCGCACAAUGUCGCCCCUGUACCUGUUGUCGCAGAUUGCCGAAGAGGACCCGAGUAACAGCGACUCGCUGGUGGAAGUGAACUUCGUCGACACGAUUGCGUCGAUUGUCACGGCAAAUUACAGCUCCGACCGCACAUUUCUGGACGAAGACACACUGUAUAAGAUUUCGGACUCGCUGCUGAUUUUGAGCUGCAUUGCCGGGCUGCGCGAGGAUUACCGCGAGCUGGUGAUCCGGUACGACGUGGCACCUGUGAUUGUGGACUCGAUCACGCGGCACGCGAAAAUUUACCGCGAGUUGGACGGCCGCACGCCCUCGCCAGCCGAUGUGGGCGUGCUCAAGCUGUCAAACCGCAUCACGCUAUCGAGCUGCUACCUGCUGCGGUCGCUGUCGCGGUCGGCCAGCCUUCUGCGCACGUACUUGGUGGAGCUGAAGCUGGUGCGCAAGCUGGUGGACUUGCUGCACAUUCCAGACGACAUCAUCGAAAACUGUCCCGACGAGCUGCGGCUGGACGAAAUUCGGCUCAAGUCGGUGGUGCUGGGCAUCGUGUCGAACUCGAUCGUGGAGUUUUCUGCCGUCAAGCACGAACUCGCGUCCGAUGAGCUUGCGCUGCUGCUGCAUCGGUUUAUCUACGAGUCGCGCUACGAUUCUCUGCGCAUGAACUCGCUCUGGGUAAUCAAGAACUCUCUGUUUGGCGGAAACCGGGAGUCGAAGGAAAACUUCCAGACGACGGUCAGUCUGGACAAGAUCUUUGAGCUGUGCGGCGACCCGAACGAGCGGAUCCAGGAACACUCGUUCGACAUUCUGCGAAACCUGGCUGUGGGCCAUUUUAACUACGCAAAUAAGAUUAUGGCCGACUUUGCUGCGUCCGAGCUUGCCAGACGCACGGGCCAGUCUUCAUUCCUGGACUUUCUGUGCUCACAUCUCGAGAAAACGUCCAAUCCAGACGUCAUCGUGGCCAUUGUCUACGUGGUGGUGCAUCUUGCCGCGUCCAACGAGAACAACCGCGCGUUGAUCAUGUGCAACCAGGGCCUGCUAAAGAAACUCGUCGAGUUCUUGGAGUACUCGGAACGCGUGCCGGACGACGAGGACCACUGGAAGAUCCGGCUGAGCGUAGUGUGGGCGGUGCUGAAUUUGAGCUGGCGCGAGGAAACUACAGGGUCCGACCUAGACAACGACGAGGACGACAGCGGUGAGGACAUGGACGUCGACGCGGGCGACGGAUCCGACUUCCGCCGGUUCCUGAGCCCAAAGAACCGCGCGUUGCGGCUGAUCGAGCUUGGAUUCUACGACGCAAUCCGUACGCUGAAUAAUCACUGCACGAUUUCUGACUUCAAGGAGCGAGCACGGAUGGCCAUCUUCAAUCUGGUGCUGUACGAGAACAAGAACAAGAGCUGA